CACGCCCUCCCUCUCCUAUCGCGUCCCUGCCUCCUCGAUCUCGCCGUCGAGCCUGCGUCCUCGCCGUCGUCCGUGCCAGGCCGGCUCCACCAGCUUUCCUCGUCGUGGCGUCUCCAAGAAUCAGUCCUCCUCUCCCCCGCUUCCCCCGCCCCCGGUCGAGCUCCGCCAGCAACCCCUCUACCUGUUCACCCGACGGCGACCUCCGUGGCCGACUUCUCUUCACUCUCGCCUCGCUUGCCACCUCUGCCGAAAGUGUAGUACAUCGUCGGGAGGAAUAUGACGCCAUCGGGCUCCUUUAGCGGGGAGGCACUUCUAUCUUGGCCUAGGCCUCGUCGUGGCCCCACAUCCAGUUGCCACGGGAUAUGGAUUGGGGCGUUGCUUCGCGGCGGCGGCGGAGGCGUUUGCUAGCUGUCGGCGGCAUUGGCGCCUGCCACGACCAUCGUCAACUGACAGCGACGGUGCGUUCGACGACCGGCAGUAGCCUGCGCUCCACCCAGCCGCGCUUCCUCCUGUGGACAUAAAUCUACCUCUACUGGGGCACUGGGCUGGUCCCAUCUUCCACGCGGCCCUCCCCUCCACUCAUGACGACGUCGGGUUCAACGACCGGCAUCAUCAUGCGCUCCAACCAGCCUCGCUUUCUCCCGUGGAUACGGAUCUACCGCUGCUGGGUGGCCCCAGCUUCUGAGCGGCCCCGCGUGCAGUUGCUGGUGAAGACUGAAGAGGAUUUGAGGACGUCACGAGUGAGCUUGCCAAGCCUUGUGCUCGCCGAGCGUGCGGGCGCACGUCUCCACAGCGAUCGCAUGACGUAGCUGGGGCCGGGACAUGGACGUCAUCGCGAAUCUCAUCUCUACGGACAGAGCGGCUGUAUGUUCCUACACUUUAUUACCUCCUCCCUCCUCCUCUGCAUCCCCAUCUCGCGCUUUUGGAGCCCUUCGCCUACAUUUUCCCCAAAUCCAUCUUCCUUUGUCCUUAUUGGUUUACCUCGCUGCCACCGACUGUCGUCCUCGUGGCCUCAUGGGUUGCUCUCAGGGGGCCGUUCGUGACCUAGGAUGUGUGAAGUGCUAUUGUGGGUACAGGUUUGUUUGGCUAACCAAAGUUGUGUAUCUUUGUCCACUACUUUGUGUGUAUUUUCCUUCGAUUCAUGGAACAAGUCCUCGGGUAUGUGUUGGAAAGUGGAGAGAUGAGUACAAGUAGAAUUGUAGACCAACAAAAAGGAUACAGGAACAUGCUUGCACUUCGCAUUUUGUAUGGAAAUGGCGUGUCUUAAUAGAAAAUGAUGGCACAU